AUGUGUACCUCCACUGCUACAACCACCAUCACAAUUACACCUCUACUGCUACAACCACCAUCACAGUUACACCUCCACUGCUACAACCACCAUCACAGUUACACCUCCAUGUGUACCUCCACUGCUACAACCACCAUCACAAUUACACCUCCAUGUGUACCUCCACUGCUACAACCACCAUCACAAUUACACCUCCAUGUGUACCUCCACUGCUACAACCACCAUCACAAUUACACCUCCAUGUGUACCUCCACUGCUACAACCACCAUCACAGUUACACCUCCAUGUGUACCUCCACUGCUACAACCACCAUCACAAUUACACCUCCAUGUGUACCUCCACUGCUACAACCACCAUCACAAUUACACCUCCAUGUGUACCUCCACUGCUACAACCACAAUCACAAUUACACCCCCACUGCUACAACCACAUCACAGUUACACCUCCACGUGUACCUCCACUGCUACAACCACAAUCACAAUUACACCCCCACUGCUACAACCACCAUCACAGUUACACCUCCAUGUGUACCUCCACUGCUACAACCACCAUCACAAUUACACCUCCAUGUGUACCUCCACUGCUACAACCACCAUCACAAUUACACCUCUACUGCUACAACCACCAUCACAGUUACACCUCCACUGCUACAACCACCAUCACAGUUACACCUCCAUGUGUACCUCCACUGCUACAACCACCAUCACAAUUACACCUCCAUGUGUACCUCCACUGCUACAACCACCAUCACAAUUACACCUCCAUGUGUACCUCCACUGCUACAACCACCAUCACAAUUACACCUCCAUGUGUACCUCCACUGCUACAACCACCAUCACAGUUACACCUCCAUGUGUACCUCCACUGCUACAACCACCAUCACAAUUACUCCUCCAUGUGUACCUCCACUGCUACAACCACCAUCACAAUUACACCUCCAUGUGUACCUCCACUGCUACAACCACCAUCACAAUUACACCUCUACUGCUACAACCACCAUCACAGUUACACCUCUACUGCUACAACCACCAUCACAAUUACACCUCUACUGCUACAACCACCAUCACAAUUACACCUCUACUGCUACAACCACCAUCACAGUUACACCUCCACUGCUACAACCACCAUCACAGUUACACCUCCAUGUGUACCUCCACUGCUACAACCACCAUCACAAUUACACCUCCAUGUGUACCUCCACUGCUACAACCACCAUCACAAUUACACCUCCAUGUGUACCUCCACUGCUACAACCACCAUCACAAUUACACCUCCAUGUGUACCUCCACUGCUACAACCACCAUCACAGUUACACCUCCAUGUGUACCUCCACUGCUACAACCACCAUCACAAUUACUCCUCCAUGUGUACCUCCACUGCUACAAUCACCAUCACAAUUACACCUCCACGUGUACCUCCACUGCUACAACCACAAUCACAAUUACACCCCCACUGCUACAACCACAUCACAAUUACACCCCCACGUGUACCUCCACUGCUACAACCAUCACACCUCCACUGCUACAACCACCAUCACAAUUACACCCCCACUGCUACAACCACAUCACAAUUACACCUCCACUGCUACAACCAUCACAACUCAACUGCUACAACCACCGUCACAAUUACACCUCCACGUGUACCUCCACUGCUACAACCACCAUCACAAUUACACCUCCACUGCUACAACCAUCACACCUCCACUGCUACAACCACCAUCACAAUUACACCUCCACGUGUACCUCCACUGCUACAACCACCAUCACAAUUACACCCCCACUGCUACAACCAUCAACACAAUUACACCUCCACGUGUACCUCCACUGCUACAACCAUCACACCUCCACUGCUACAACCACCAUCACAAUUACACCUCUACUGCUACAACCACCAUCACAAUUACACCUCCACGUGUACCUCCACUUCUACAACCAUGCUUGUCGUUAG